UGAUCAUAGUAGUUGGUUUAAAAUAAUUUAAAUUGUAAACAAAUUGUCAAAUUAUAGCAAUAUGAUUAUAAUGAUCUAGAAUCGGAGCAUGUAAAGUAAUAUAGAUAAUUAAAUUAAGUAACUUUAUGAAAUUAUGUACAGGCAGUUUCAGUCAUAAAUCUGAAAAGCGGCCCAAAAAAAGACGUUAAGGAAAACGCGGUACUAAAAGAGGCAUUGUUAUAAUUGACAAUUUCAAUUGAAUGUAACUGUUAUUACUGAACUGUGAUGGAGCAAUUAAAAUGGACAACGCCAAUCAAAAGUCAAAGAGAACAUGACAAUUUAACAACUAAAAGUCCUGUGAUGUAUAAGACUCCUGUAAAACAAUAUGAAGCAACUUGCAAACAUACAGCGUAUCAAAAUAACAUGGGUUGUAUCUCUGUUCUUCCAAAUCAUAUUACACCACCAUCAGGAUUAACAAAGUUCAUAGCAAGAAAUCCAUUUGAAAGUGAUUUAACUAAUAGGUUGCAUUUAUCCAUGAUGAGUCCUACUGUAUUCAGUAAAGUUUCCGGCACAUCCCAACAAUCUCCAGAGUUUUCAUGGAGCGUAGAUGAGCUGGCAUUAAUGCAACCAGCAAAGAUAGAAGAAUUUCCUACCCAACAAAUAUAUUGUACAGAUCCAGAGACUGAAAUAAAAGCUCAAGCAGCCAUUGAUCAAUUUUUUAAGAAGGACAAAAUAAUCCCAAGCCCGUGGGAGAUAAAGAAAAAAGACAACAGAGCUAAAAUUAAAAUAGAUACACCUGUAGAAACCCUGAGCGAUUCGAAUUCAGAAUCAUCUAAUUCUAAAAAAGAUGGUUGGUGUCAAACAAUAUUAACAUUUCCAGCUGAAUUACCAUCGCAUAUUGCUGAAAUUCUGAAACCUUAUUUCAAAUUUACCCAAGAUCAGAAUGUUGAGAAUGAUGAUGCAAAUUUGAGUAAUAAUUCAUUGAGAAGAAAGUUAUUCUUUAACCAGGAUGAUUCUUUAGAGGAUAAAGAAGAAACUUCAGUUUAUUCAUCAUCAGUGAAAAUGAAUGGAUCUUUGGUAUUAUCUUCCAGUCCUCCAGAGAGUGGAAUGUUGAUCCAUGGAGCUCCAGUAAAGUCACAGAAUAUGGAUUACUGUCGUGAUACAUCCCAAAUCAUCCCUAAUAUAUCUCCAAUAUAUAGUACAGUGAAUAUGUCUCGCGAAAAUCUAAGAUCACGAUCUCGUUCAGUUGCUCGAUUAGAUUUUACUAAUGACAUGAGCAUAGACGAAUCUUUACAGCGUAGAGGAUAUUCGAGUAGUCAUUCUCUAGACGAAUCACUUAAUAAGAUCGUCAAGCAAGUGGCAAAAAACAAAGUAGAUAACUUGUUAAAUUCAGAUAGUAAUGCUAUGAGUGCAAAGACUGACGUUUGUACAGAAACAAAAGCUUCGGUGAAAAAUCCAGUUCAGCAGGAAAAUAAUUUUGAGACUGAAAAUUCCAAACUUGAUUCUAAACAUUGUAAUGCGUUGAAAUGUUUAACCGACUCUUACAGAAUGAUUACAAAUGAAAGUUGCAUGUUUCAACAAACUAAUACUGCGCUAGGUAUUUCAGAUCAACAUAACUCUGUACAGGAUACUGGUUAUCAAACUUACAGUAUGAAUAGUAUAACAAAUGUUACUAAUAACUAUAACGGUACACCGGUCAAACAGAAAGCUUGUUGGGGUGAUCGAAUUUUAUUGACUGAUGACGAAUUUCGUCAUGAAACAAACAUAAAAAAUAUAUUUUGCUCUACACCAUCACGAUCGAAUAGGGAAACAGAUAUAUAUUUUAAGUAAUUGUUUCCUAUGAAAUAUAUGGGUUUUACAUAAGGACUUAAAGCAAUUGUAGAUAUUGUAUUGAUAUUUAUACAUGAAUGGUCAUUUUAUUAUUCAUACUUUUCAUCAUAUUUACUAUUUUAU